CCUCCUCCAGACCACCACCACCCGCCCAACUCAUUAUAUGGACUUGGAGACGUAUCCAAGAUGUGGAGAUGUACCCGAGGGAUUCUACAAGUUCGGCCUCAGCGUCUGUGAUUUCGGUCUGCGUGUGGCUGUGUGGUAUUUUCCUGCCACAACAUUACAAAAGAAUGAUGUAGAACCAACACGGCCACCCACUCCUCUGGCCGAAGGGGAAACAAGUGGCAGUAGCUCACCUGCUGAUGAUGACCAGCAACAUCGUAAUGCUAUAGAAAACAGAGCUGAUGAUUCUGCUACACUGCCAUCCACUGCUACAGCUUUGCCUGUUCAGGGUGCGUCAAGACGCAGAAGGCCUUGUAGCAGUGCUCAUCAGCAUUACAAGUUCCUGGAAAGAGUGCAGCAGACACAACGCCAGUGGUUGGGGCAGCAAAGAGAGCUGAGCUGUGUCAGGGAGGAAAGGAUCUUAACCCAGCAACUAACCCAAGUAGUUGCUGACACUGCCUGCUCAACAGGGUUUUUAAUCAACCAAAUACUCACAUCAUUAAGCCACUUCACAUCCCAGGCCACUCCACAGCCCCAGCAUAUCCUCAGUCCCAUGACAUGUACCAAAGGUUCAGAUACUCACCUGACAGCCACCCUGGGCAUCACUCUCCAGCACAAACUCCACACCCAAGCACACCUUCAUCUGAAAGUCAUGCAGAUGACCAUAGUGAACCAAGGUUCUACCAACACUUGUAGUGAGACAGUUGUGCAUUAUUUGUUCUUUGCCCAUCCAUGUUGUUUAGGCCCACACUUUUGUUUUGAGGCUGCAACUUGAUUUCACAUUUCAGUGCAUGUUGCACUUUAUUUCUUAAGAAAAGGAAAUCUAUAUUUUUAUUUACUUUAAGUAAAUGUGAUUUAUUUGUUGGCUUUUGAAAUAUAGCUGUUAGCUAUACUGUACAAAAUGUUCACAAAAGUUUACAAAAAGUGUUUACAAAAAAGUUAACUUAAAUAUGUAAACAUACAGGGCGUCAGUGGCUUAGUGGUAGAGCAGGCGCCCCAUGUACAAGGCUGUUGCUGCAGCGGCCCAGGUUCGACUCUAGCCUGUGGCCCUUUGCUGCAUGUCACUCCCUCUCUCUCCCCCCUUCACA